UGUCAGACCACUUGCCGCCUUCAAUGUUUGAACCGUGGGUGGUUCGUUUGAGUUUAUUUCCUUUUUUUCCGUAUUUUAAUUCGGUGUAAAACUAUUCGUGAAUGAAACUUGUGUUAUUUAACAAUGGAAAACGAAAAUGUGUUAUCGUGUUCUGUGAAUAUCGAGUGGUCGAACUCCCAAGGCAUCAUCCAGCGAAAACUGGCCCACAAAAGUGCUUUUUUGCGUCUUAUUCGAAGCGAUGUUCGUGAAAUCUUCGUUGAAGUAACUGCAGGCAAGUCAGUCCCCGUGAAGCUACAAUUAAAAGGCAUUUCCGUCCAUAACAAAUUCAUGAGUGAGGGUAAAGCUUCCAUAAAAUUCCAAGAGGUGCAUUGUAUUAUGUUCAUCUCAAAUGCACCCCCGAGCCAACUUUUUACGUUCUUGAAGACAGUAUUUGUAAAAAUGACGGGCGAAAAAUCAGCCUCAAACUCAAACCCGUCGCUGAGAACCCAGUUAUUGUCUAAUAAACCUGCAAAAUUUGAGGAAAUUAGUCCAGUGACGUUGGGAGAAAUGGAGAAAGCUAAAGCCAAAAUUUCGAAAGGGACUGAUACAACCCCAUCACCUUUGAGCCGGAAACGGAAACUGAGCCCUCGAGAGGGGGGUAAACCCCUCUCCUCGAAAAGAUUAUAUGCGUCUUCGCCAACCCCCAACGAGCCCUUAGAUAUUGAACAGAAGGAAGUCAUGGAGGCUUGUCUCAGUGGUCGUAACGUAUUUUUCACCGGAAGUGCAGGAACAGGGAAAAGUUAUCUUUUAAAGAGAAUUAUAGGGGCCCUUCCUCCUGAUGUAACUGCAGCCACUGCAUCCACAGGUGUCGCCGCUUGUCACAUUGGGGGAAUAACCCUUCACCAAUUCGCUGGAAUAGGGACUGGGGAGGCUACCCUCGAACGCUCCAUCGAGCUGGCCUCACGUCCAGGGACUUACACGAUUUGGCGGAGGUGCAAACAUUUAAUUAUCGAUGAAAUUUCGAUGGUUGAUGGUGCUUAUUUCGAAAAAAUUGAAACAAUAGCCCGGAAAAUAAGGAGAAAUGAUCAGCCUUUUGGAGGAAUUCAGUUGAUUUUGUGCGGUGAUUUCUUCCAAUUGCCCCCGGUCAGUAAGGGUAAAAAUCCAAUCAAAUUUUGUUUCGAAACAGAGGCCUGGAGUCGUUGCCACUUAUCGAGUUAUGAACUGAAAAAAGUGCAUAGACAGAAUGACGAUGAGUUUAUCAAAAUUCUGAAUUGUGUGCGUAUUGGACAAAUUCCUGAAGAUAUGGCGACAAAAUUAGCCGAAACGUCGAGACAAAAUAUCGAAAAAAAUGGGAUCUUGGCGACUAGAUUAUGUUCGCAUACUGCGGAAGCGAAUACUAUUAAUGAAUCAAAACUUGACGCACUUUCUGGCGAAAAACAAGUUUUUACGUCUGAAGAUUCACCUCCGCAUCUUAAAAAACUGCUGGAUCAGCAAACUCCCAUACCGCACAAACUCGAAUUGAAGGUUGGUGCACAAGUCAUGCUUUUGAAGAAUAUAAACAUUGCAACAGGUCUCGUGAAUGGUGCUCGUGGAGUCGUCAAAUCCUUUGAAGGGGAUUUCCCCGUCGUGCAAUUCCGUAAUAGAGAAUAUACUGCAAAACCCGAGCGUUGGUGUAUUAAAACCGCCACUGGUGCUAUGAUCACUAGAAAACAAGUGCCUCUCAAACUGGCUUGGGCUUUUUCUAUUCAUAAAUCUCAAGGUUUGACGUUAGAUUGUGUCGAAAUGUCCCUAGGGAAAGUGUUUGAAGCCGGUCAAGCUUAUGUCGCGUUGAGUAGGGCCCAAAGUUUGGAUACGUUGAGGGUUUUAGGUUUUAAGGCGUCGCAAGCUUGGGCCAAUAAGAAAGUUUUAGAUUUUUAUCGUUCCUUGAAUUUGCAAAUGGAAACUAUGAGACUUAUUCCCUUGGGAAGGAAAGAGAAUAAGCCAACGAUUAAAAAAACGUUCAAAUCUAAUUCUAAAUUGAUGAGCAAACCUCUAAUCACCAUUAAUUAAGUCAGCUAAGGAAAGAAAUUUGCAUUUUAUAUCAAUUUUUACAUUUGAAUACCUAAUUUUUUGAUUGAAGAUUUUUGUAUUUAAGUAUGAAACAGUAGUUUUUCGUUCAAAAGCCUCGAUUCGGGUAUGUUUAUGUUGAAAAUGUCAUUAAAAUCCUGGUAUGUAGACCGCCAGUAAUUUUUUUUGGCUGGUGAUUGUGCGUUAAUAACCCUUUAGGAAUAGACAUAAGCACAAUCAAUACCAAUUAGCAUCUAAAAAUAUUGUCAAUACUUUAUAUUAAAUAGUUUAAUUAAUUUUUAUAAAUAAAUUGAGUUCGCUAAA